AUGUUUAAAGUCCAUCAAAAAGGCGAAAAUAUGCAAAAUAAUCGAAUCAGCUAGGAAGAACUUCGAAAUUAAUACAACUUUUCCUUUGCUCCAGAAAAUUCAAAAAGCCCUAAGAAACACUCCACAAACUUAAGAAUCACAACCUACAACGAGUUUUCUCCAAAAGAUCCCAGGAAAGAAGUGCUCAGCGUUCGAUAGUCCUCCGAUAAUUCCUAAAUUUAGAAAUCUAAAGAUGAUAGUGAAGUCAGAAACAACUAAGGCUCUGAGGAGAUUGCUAGUAACUUAAAGCGCAUAAUUUAUGAGUGCGAGGAGAAUCUCAAAAAAUUAGAAAGUCACAAAUCAAAUAGUAACAGUGAUCAUGCUGCUGCUAAUUCAUCAAAUAGUCAUUCCUAUUAAUCAUAAAUCAUCAAAGUCAAGCCAUUAAAGAAGGAAGUUUCAUAGCGUAGGAAUUCAGAAGACGAUGAUUUUUUUGUCAUAAAUAAGAAUCAAGAUUCUUUAUUGUAACCACAAAUAAAUAACUUAUUAAAUAGCCAAGGAGGCUAGGAACAAAGUCUGAAUACUUUCGUAAGAAAGCGUAGUAGUAAUAAAGAUAAUUUUGAAGUAACUCUUAGCAGCAAAAUGCCAUCUUAGAAUUAAAGUCUAAACUUAAGUGAUAAGUAAAAUGCUUUGGAAAAUUUUGAAAAAAAUCUGUCCACAAAAUUUCCAGGUUUAUUCCAAGAUUUUUCCACAAAUUAAGAUAUUUCUUGUAUCCCCAAGUCUAUGAGUGGUAUACAUUAUGUUGAGCCUUCAUCACUUUCAAUAUUUAAAACAAUAAGCUUCAAUUCUGGCAAAGAUAAUACUUAGAAUAGCAGCCUUAAUUAGAAAUAAGCUGCAAGUUCAAAUAGUAGUAGCAAAUCGAGUGUUCUGCCUAUUCCUAAAGAGAGAACAAAACUUUAGAAUAAAACUUACCAUGAACUCAAUAACCUAAUUCAAGUUUAGGAAAUAAAAUGUGGAAAUGAUGCAAUCUGGGUGAUUAAAUUCAGGUCAGAUGGGCUCUAUAUGGCCACAGGUGGCAAGGACGGUAUUCUUAGAGUAUGGAAAUGCUGUCAAAGCUCCAAGGAACUAAAUUAGAGACAAACAAUUAACCCUGUUCCAAUAAGAGAAUAUACCAGUGUACAUUAAUCUGAUAUCUUUGAUGUUAAUUGGAGCACAAAACACUUGAACAUUAUUCUAAGCGCUAGUUCUGAUUUCAACGUCUUGAUAUACAAUAUAAAUCAUGAGAAACCUUUGAAAGUCUUACAGCAUCCUGAUAUAUCAGAUAAUCUAUUAGCGAGCGGCUGUUUCGACAAGUUUGUCAGAGUUUGGGACAUAAAAAAUAAAAAGGUUAAAGACUGGUAAUAAACUUCAUGCUAUAUUACAGCUAUCAAGUAUACUAACUGUGGUGAAAGACUUUAUGUUGGACUUGUGAAUGGUGACGUAGUGAUAUAUGAUUCAACUUAAGAGCAACUUAGACCAUUAAGAAUUGUUGAAUGUAAAAACAAGCGUGGGAAAUUUUCAAAAGGUAGAAAAGUGACAUCUAUUGACUUUCUCACUGUUAAUAUUGCAAUGAUUACAAACAACGAUUCAAGAAUAAGAUUCAUAGAUGCUAGGAAUGGAAAGUAAAUUUAUAAGAUUAAAGCUCAUAAGAAUGAAAGUUUUCCGAUCAAAGCAAGUAUUUCUGAUGACUUUUCCCAUGUUAUUUGUGGUUCAGAGGAUGGUGAUCUCUAUUUAUGGAGCUAGAUUCAAAAUACUGUUAUUCAAAUGAGCAAGACUAGUCUAAUAGGCAAGUUACUCCUAAAAGAUAAAACAAACUCAUGUGAAUACUUCACUCCUUACUGUAAAAGCUAGCCAGUGACUGCCGCAGUCUUUGCACCAGAGCAGGUAAAACUUAUUCAAAUGAAGAGAUACUUUAAGAAUGUCCUGGAGGACAAAAUGAUUAACAUGAUAAUGGUAAUGGGCAAUAUAAAUGGUCUUAUAAAGAUCUUUCACAAUGAAACAAGUUGUACCUCUCCUAAUAUUUCACCAAGAACUAACAAAAAGUUUAAUAGACUUACAUAUUGA